AUGGGCAGUGUGAAUGCUUUACGAGUGCACCUAUGUUUAGUGGCAUCUCCAAGUCACCCCAACCAUCCUGCUGCUCCACAGCUGGCCGCCCCACCCUUCCCAGCUGCCACUGGGGCUCCCCCCGGCCCCUCCGCUUGGCAGAGCCGGCGUUUUGGGCGCUCCCCCACCAGUCCUCCCUGGCAGCUGCUGCCCUCAGCUGUGCUCUCGCAGACGGUGGGGGGCCCCUGGCAUGAGGCUUCAGGCUGUGGAGGAGGGAGAGUGCAGAGUGAGAUGCCCACUGCAGGGCUCCUCUCUGGAUCUCAUUUUCACGUAGCAAGGGGUAGGGGCCUGGACAUCCGCAUGCAGGAAAAUGUCUCUCUGCUGAACCCUUUCCACCAGAAGGGGGACCAGUCCGUCUGCCGUAGACGGAGAGUGGCCGACGGGCGAGCUGCGGCGGAGGAGACGCCAGGGCAGGCUGACAAUGAUUUCCUCAGUGAUUACGUACAGAGCGAGUCCCUGCGGGGUAGGGGCCCCCUCUGGAGCCAUCCUGAUGGCUUUGGGGGCCUUGCUUCCAUUUUCCAUUAUUAUGUGGACUACCGGAGCGACAGCGCAGUCCAAGACCUUGCAGUAGAAGACAAUGUGACAGAGGACCAGCACAGUCCCGGGCAGACUGCCAUUCCGAGCGAUCCAGAGUGCGCCCUCGAGAGGGCGGCGGAGGAUGGUGAGACCGGUCGUCUGAGGAAGAGGCUGCUUUCUCCAGAGGAAGGCGAAGAAGGCGAGGAGGAGGACGAGGAGCCGGCGCUGCACAGCUGCGACAGCUGCCGGCAGGUGUUCGAGUCGCUGAGCGAUCUCACCGAACACAAGAUUAAUCAAUGCCAGCUGACAGACGGUAUUGAUCUUGAGGAUGACCCAUCGUGUUCUUGGCCAGCAUCAUCUCCCUCCAGUAAGGAUCAGACUUCUCCAGGACAUUGCGAAGACUAUGAUUUUGGCGAGGAUGAAGGGGGCCCUGGUCUGCCAUACCCGUGCCAGUUCUGUGACAAGUCCUUCAGUCGCCUAAGUUUCCUCAAACGUCACGAGCAGAGUCACGGUGAUAAACUCCCUUUCAGUUGUACCUUUUGCAGCCGACUGUUCAAGCACAAGCGCAGCCGGGAUCGACACGUGAAGCUACAUACCGGCGAUAAGAAGUAUCACUGUGGUGAGUGUGACUCUGCCUUCUCCCGCAGUGAUCACCUCAAAAUCCACAUGAAAACUCACGCCUCCAACAAACCCCACAAGUGCCCCGUGUGCCGCCGAGGCUUCCUUUCCUCCAGUUCUCUUCAUGGACACAUGCAAGUACACGAAAGGGGCAAAGACGGCAGCAGCUCCAGCCUUUCUAGAGCUGAUGAUUGGAAAUUGAAAGAAACACGCAAAUGCGGCCGUUGUGAGGAGGGCUUUGAUGUCCCAGAGGAGCUCCAGAGGCACAUCGCUGAGUGCCACCCAGAGUGUUCGCCAUCAGAGGAUGGAGGCCUAGGUGCCACCCUGCAGUGCAUCUACUGCCAUGAGCCGUUCAGUGAUGAGGGCACCUUGCUGACACACAUCGACCAGGCCCAUAGUAGAGACAGAAAGGGCCACACCUGUGCUAUUUGCUCCGACCACUUUCUGUCUGUUGAGGACCUCUAUGCUCACAUGGACAUUCACCAGCUCCCUGAGUCAAGUAACCAUAGCAACAGCCCUUCCUUGCUAACGGUGGGUUACACCUCUGUUUCGAGCACAACUCCUGACUCUAACCUCUCCGUCGACAGCUCCACAAUGGUGGAGACCGCCCCGCCAGUGCCCAAGACAAGGGGCAGGAGAAAGAGGGCAGCUCAAAAUACAGACAUACGAGGACGUUCCUCCAAACAGCCGAAAGUCUCCUACAGUUGCAUGUACUGCAAUAGGCAAGUAUUCUCCAGUUUGGCUGUGCUUCAAAUUCACCUGCGAACCAUGCACCUGGACAAGCCAGAACAGGCUCAUACCUGCCAGUAUUGUUUGGAAGUUCUGCCUUCUUUACUAAAUCUAAAUGAACAUCUCAAGCAGGUCCACAAUGCAGAAGAUCAUGCUAGUCUGUUAGUCAGCUUACCUGAUGCCCUUCUUCAGUGCAACUUCUGCCCCGAGGUGUUGAGUGACCUCAACGGACUCCAGGAACACAUCCGCUGCUCUCAUGGCUUUCCUAGUCCUGUGGCAAAAGAGAGCAAUGCCUUCUUUUGCCCCCAAUGCUUCAUGGGGUUCUUGACGGAGACUACCUUGGAGGAACAUGUUCGUCAGACUCACUGUGAUGGGGGAAGCCUGCGUUUUGACUCCCCCAUGAUUGUAACUCCCAAGGAGCCUAUAGUAGAAGUGUACUCCUGUUCUUACUGCACCAAUUCCCCCAUAUUCAACAGUGUUCUGAAGCUCAACAAGCACAUCAAGGAGAAUCACAAGAACAUUCCACUUGCACUGAACUACAUCAACAAUGGAAAGAAAUCUCUGCGCACUCUCAGCCCUUCUUCUCCAAUAUCUGUGGAAGCUACCAUGUUUAAACAAGGCAGCUCACGUACUUCCAGUGAGUUCAUAUGUAACCAGUGUGGAGCUAAGUAUACCAACUUAGACCUUUUCCAGACUCACCUGAAAACUCACCUGGAUGGAAUGCAGCCUCAGCUGACCUGCCCACAGUGCAACAAAGAGUUCCCCAACCAAGAGUCCCUGCUAAAGCAUGUGACAAUUCACUUCACUAUUACCUCCACGUAUUACAUCUGUGAGAGCUGUGACAAGCAAUUCACCUCAGUGGAUGACCUGCAGAAGCACCUACUUGACAUGCAUACCUUUGUGUUCUUUCGUUGCACUCUGUGCCAAGAGGUCUUUGACUCUAAGGUGUCUACCCAGCUCCACCUGGCUGUAAAGCACAGCAACGAAAAGAAGGUGUAUCGUUGCACCUCCUGCAACUGGGACUUCAGGCAUGAGACCGAACUACAGUUACAUGUAAAACACAGCCAUCUGGAAAACCAGGGCCGUGCGCAUCGCUGUAUUUUUUGUGGAGAAUCCUUUGGCACAGAGGUGGAGCUGCAGUGCCACAUCACCACGCACAGCAAGAAGUAUAACUGUCGCUUCUGCAGUAAGGCCUUCCAUGCCAUUGUCCUGCUGGAGAAGCAUUUGAGAGAGAAACACUGUGUGUUUGAGGGAAAGAUGCAGAAUUGUGGUGCUAAUGGCUCUGCUAUAAGUAAUGUGGAUGGCCAACCUAAAGAGGAUCCUGAACUACAUGGUCUCUUAAAUAACAACCAUGGCCCAGGGACAGUAGUAGGAUCUGUUGUGGAGUCCCACAACAGCCGUGAUGUAAGUGAGGAAGAGGUGGAAACUGCAGAUCCCAUGUUUGGGUGUGACAUCUGUGGGGCGUCUUACACCAUGGAUUCACUCCUCACUAACCACCAGUUGAGAGACCACAAUAUUCGCCCUGGUGAGAGUGCCAUGGUAAAGAGGAAAGCUGACAUGAUCAAGGGCAACCAUAAGUGCAAUGUCUGCUCCCGCACCUUCUUCUCUGAGGCUGGGUUGAGGGAACAUAUGCAGACCCACCUUGGGCCUGUCAAACACUACAUGUGUCCCAUCUGUGGGGAGCGCUUCCCUUCCUUACUCACCCUGACUGAGCACAAGGUCACUCAUAGCAAGAGUCUGGACACAGGAAGCUGCCGCAUUUGUAAGAUGCCACUGCAUAGUGAGGAGGACUUCCUGGAACAUUGCCAGAUGCACCCUGACCUAAGGAACUCCCUGACAGGUUUCCGCUGUGUGGUUUGCAUGCAGACAGUCACCUCCACAUUGGAGCUCAAGAUCCAUGGUACAUUUCACAUGCAAAAAACUGGCACCAUGACCCCCAACCAAACCAUGGUCCGAAACAGUGGCGCCCUUCACAGCCAGCAGAUGCACCUUCCCCAGAAACUUUUCAAGUGUGCUUCUUGUCUGAAAGAUUUCCGGUCCAAACUAGACCUUGUGAAGCUGGACAUAAACGGCCUGCCUUAUGGACUCUGUGUGUCGUGUGUGGCCGCAGCUGGUUCUAAAAGCUCCAGCCCAACAGUGAAUGGAGGAAGGCAACAACAGCAAGGUGGGGCCUCCACUCCAGCACCAACUACAGGUGCAUGGGUCCAGAGAGAGAGUCUCAGCCCUGGUGACGGGAAAGGCAAAACUGUCUCCUCAUCAUCUUCAUCCUCCUCCACAUCCUCAUUGUCUGCUGCCAAGACAAGAUGCUCCAGCUGUAAUGUGAAGUUUGAGUCAGAAGCAGAGUUGCAAAACCACGUCCAGACAGUGCAUCGAGAACAAGCAGGGGACAGCAACAGCGGGCAGCUCAAGACCCCCCAGGUGUCCCCCAUGCCUCGAGCCAGUCCCUCACAAACUGAAGAGAAGAAGACAUACCAGUGCAUCAAAUGUCAGAUGGUGUUCUACAGCGAAUGGGACAUCCAAGUUCAUGUGGCCAACCACAUGCUGGCAGUGUUUGUCCAGGCCAAUAAGCUCCAGCAGCACAUCUUCUCUGCCCACGGCCAGGAGGAUAAGAUCUACGACUGCUCGCACUGCCCGCAGAAGUUCUUCUUCCAGACGGAGUUACAGAACCACACGUUGACUCAGCACAGCAGCUAACAUGGCAGAGAUCAGCGGCCGGAGAAGAAGGAUCACGUGAGGCGGAGAAUGUCUGACCGCCAAUUACCGUCAGUGUAGUUUUUUCCCGCUGACCGUCUUGCACUGAACUUUCAAUUCAGUUUCACCACAAGGAACCACGCCACAGCAAGAGAAGAAAAAAAAGAAGCAAAGAAAAAUAACAGAAAGAGGGGGUAAGAACAUAAAAGAGCCCUCUCCGUUCUUUACCGACCAUUAUUUCAAAAAUAAAGAAAAAGCCAACGUGUUUGUACAUAGAAUUCUUCAUGUGUUGCUUAACUACAGCUAUAUUGCAAUCUUAUACAGUAUUUGCCAAUGUACAGUUCGAAAUGUUUGUCCAAAUGAGAGAUGGGGGGGGGAUAAAAAAAAAAGAAGAUCAAUAACAUUGUUAAUCAGAUCAGAUGUGACUCAACCAGUUGUGUGAAGGAGAAACGGGGAGCCGCUGAGAGAGCAGGGGUCUGUAGGAUGUUGUCAGGAGGAAACUCUUUUCAUCAGCUCCUACUGCGCAGCGUGUCACUCUGCAUCCUGACACGCUCAAUCAUCACGGGGUCGGCUUGAUUCACCAGCAGAGGCUGAGAUCUUGUCCGUGUGUCUGUCCCAACGCGGCCACACCAGAGGACCAGCUGAGAACGGCGGUGCGACUAAUCUGCGCUGCCUGUGCUGGCGUUCAGAUGAAAAAGAAAAAAAACAAAA